AUGGCCACCAUUUUCUCUCCCUCUGCAGUUCUUUCUUCCUCCUCCAAUGCUACUCCAUCCUCUUCAAAGCCAUCAAUUUCACCAUCAACAUCAAGAUCCCAUGUCGGAAUUCCGCCUCCCAAAACAGCCUUCACUACCUUAGCCACCACUCUGACCGCCACUGCAUUAGCCACAACAAUCCUGACCUCAUCAACACUCCCUUCAAUAGCAGCAGACUCACCUUCAAAUUACUUUAUAUACUAUGGUACAGCUGCUAGUGCAGCCAACUACGGCGGCUAUGGUGGGAAUUCGGACAAGAAGGCAUCGGCAGAGUACAUUUACGAUGUCCCUGAUGGAUGGAAAGAGAGGCUAGUAUCAAAGGUUGAGAAGGGAACUAAUGGAACAGACAGUGAAUUUUACAAUCCAAAGAAGAAAACGGAGAAAGAAUACUUGACGUACCUUGCUGGUUUUCGGCAACUUGCCCCAAAAGACGUUGUGCUGAAUAACUUGGCAUUGUCAGAUGUGAACUUGCAGGACCUCAUUGCCAGUGCUGACAGUGUGACAUCAAAUGAGAGGAAGGAUGAGAAUGGUCAAGUGUAUUACGAGUAUGAGAUUGAUGGAGUUGGUGCUCAUAGCUUAAUAUCAGUAACUUGUGCAAAGAAUAAGUUAUAUGCUCAUUUUGUAAAUGCUCCAACACCAGAAUGGAACAGAGACCAAGAUGCAUUGAGGCACAUCCACCAGUCAUUCAAAACAGUGGGAUAA